AUGCGUGCCGCCUUUAGGAAUACCCUCAGAGGAGCUGUCGCUUCCAGCGCCAGAACCAGAGCUGCUCCCCUCGCUGCUCGAACUUACGCUACCGCCAAGCCUGCCGCUUCUGAAGUCUCUUCCAUCCUCGAGGGCCGAAUCGCCGGUGCUUCCGUCGGUGGUGAUGUCCAAGAGACCGGACGAGUCUUGACCAUCGGUGAUGGUAUCGCGAGAGUUUACGGUUUGAGAAACGUUCAAGCCGAAGAAAUGGUUGAAUUCUCUUCAGGUGUCCGAGGAAUGUGUUUGAACUUGGAAGCCGACAACGUCGGUGUAACCAUCUUCGGUAACGACAGAUUGAUCAAGGAAGGUGAUACCGUCAAGAGAACCGGUCAGAUCGUGGAUGUCCCCGUAGGACCUGGUCUCUUGGGUCGAGUCGUCGAUGCCCUCGGUAACCCCAUCGACGGUAAAGGUCCUAUCAAGGCCGACGGUAGAACCCAAGCUCAAUUGAAGGCUCCUGGUAUCUUGCCCCGACGAUCCGUUCACGAACCUAUGCAAACUGGUCUCAAAUCAGUUGACUCCUUGGUACCUAUCGGUCGAGGACAACGAGAACUUAUCAUCGGUGACAGACAAACCGGUAAAUCCGCCGUCGCUAUUGACACCAUCCUCAACCAAAAGAAGUGGAACGACGGUGCCGAUGAAUCCAAGAAGCUCUACUGUGUCUACGUUGCCGUUGGUCAAAAACGAUCCACCGUUGCUCAGCUCGUUCAAACCCUUGAACAAAACGAUGCCUUGAAGUACUCCAUCAUCGUCGCUGCCACCGCUUCCGAAGCCGCUCCUCUUCAGUACCUUGCUCCUUUCUCUGGUUGUGCCAUGGGUGAAUGGUUCAGAGACAACGGUAGACACGCUUUGAUCAUCUACGAUGAUUUGUCCAAACAAGCCGUCGCCUAUCGACAAAUGUCUUUGCUUCUUAGACGACCUCCCGGACGAGAAGCUUACCCCGGUGAUGUCUUCUACUUGCACUCCAGACUUUUGGAGAGAGCCGCCAAGCUCAACGCCGAUUACGGAUCUGGUUCCCUCACUGCCCUCCCCAUCAUUGAAACCCAAGGUGGUGAUGUGUCCGCUUAUAUCCCUACCAACGUUAUCUCCAUUACCGAUGGACAAAUCUUCUUGGAAGCUGAAUUGUUCUUCAAGGGUGUUCGACCAGCUAUCAACGUCGGUCUUUCCGUAUCUCGAGUAGGUUCCGCCGCUCAAACCAAAUUGAUGAAAUCCGUCGCCGGUUCUCUUAAAUUGUACCUUGCCCAAUACCGAGAAGUCGCUGCUUUCGCUCAAUUCGGUUCCGAUUUGGAUGCUUCUACCCGAUACCUCCUUAACAGAGGUGCUCGUCUCACUGAACUCCUCAAACAACCUCAAUACCAACCCAUGCCUACCGAAAUCAUGGCUCCUUUGAUCUACGCUGGUGUUAACGGUAAACUCGAUAAAGUCCCUGUUGACAAGAUUGGUGCUUGGGAGAAAUCUUUCACCGAACUCCUCAAAUCUCAACACGCCGCUCUCCUCGAGAAACUCUCCGGUGGUGUUUUGACCAAGGAGAUCGAAGAAGAGAUGGCCAAGGUCAUCGAUGCCCACGUUGCUGACUUCACCGCUUAG